AUGGGAAGGAAGGCUUGUAUUGAACAGAAAAAUUUACCUUCAUGGUUUACUGUUACAGAGUAUAGACGGGGUACAGGAACUAUUUACAAGACAUAUUUUGAUACAUACAAUAAUCAGAUGUACCGAUCAAUAGAGGGAGUGGCAAGGGCUUUUGGGCUUGGUGACAAGGACGAACCUGCUUUUCCGAAGCCUCUGAAUAUCAGGAAGGAAGACGGCUCAUGUGGAUCAUUACCUAUGAGGCCUUACACAAAAAUCCCUGCAAUCCCUGAGUAUGUUGGAAAGGACACUGCUAGUGAUUCACUCAAUUUGGAACAAGAAGAACUUAAAAAGUUUCCGUCAAAAGGAAAAGAACUUAAAGAGACUGGGGAUGUUGCAAGCACCAUGAAAGGAGAAGAAGAAAACGACAACGAUGAAGUUGGAUAUGCUGCAAGCAACUUGGAAAAUGAAGAAGAAAUGGCUAAGAAGAUCAAUGCUCCUUCUGCAGAUGCAGCAAGCAUGCAGGAUGAAGAUGUUGCUGGAGAAGUGAAGAAUCAGGACCAUGCUUAG